AUGGUCAACUUCGCAAACCCCCAAAUCACCAACUUGGUGAUCAUCCUUGGGAUGAUGCAGGUUUCGAAACGAGUUCCCUUUGAUGAUCCUCAAGUCCUUACGGGCGUGCGUAUCUUAUACGUGGUGUCAAACCUGCUCAUCUUCGGACUCUACUAUUUCAUCGGCAUGAAGAUUAAAGCCAAGCGAGAUUUAACCACACUAAAAUAUGUGGAACCAGCGCCAAUGGGUUCAGGUGAAGAACCAAAACUGGUAACGACUACCGUGCAAGAGUAUGACCAAACACAACUCGGCGCAGCAUACAAGAGUCAGCUCAUGGGUAUUGGCAUGAUGGCUUUCAUGCAUAUCUAUCUCAAAUAUACCAACCCACUGCUCAUUCAGUCCAUCAUCCCGCUCAAGGGUGCAUUUGAAGGUAACCUGGUCAAGGUUCACCUCUUUGGCAAGCCCGCCGUUGGUGAGCUCAAGCGACCAUGGAAAGCCGCAGGAGGACCAUUUGGCAUGGGUCAGGGAGAGACGAAGAGUGACAAGGCCAGUAUUGAGGCAGCCGAACGCGCUGGCCGUGGCGGUGCAAAGGAGGAAUAG